CCCGCAGUGAGCUCUCCCCGCAGGUGAGGUCUCCCCGCAGUGAGCUCUCCCCGCAGUGAGCUCUCCCCGCAGGUGAGCGCGCCCCGCAGUGAGCUCUCCCCGCAGUGAGGUCUCCCCGCAGGUGAGCGCGCCCCGCAGUGAGGUCUCCCCGCAGGUGAGCUCUCCCCGCAGUGAGCUCUCCCCGCAGUGAGGUCUCCCCGCAGGUGAGGUCUCCCCGCAGGUGAGCGCGCCCCGCAGUGAGCUCUCCCCGCAGGUGAGCGCGCCCCGCGCAUUCCAGGUCUCACUCCGGGGAGUCUGCGUGCGGCUCCCCACCGGGCGCGGGGCCAUGAAGACCGUGGACAAGCAGCGCCUGCUGGACGCCAGGUCCGGGGCGCGGUCUUACAUGGGGUCUCUGUGGCAGAGCGGGGCUGGCUGGAUUUCCGUGUCACGACCCGAGCUGGACUUGCCAUCCAUUGAGCUGCCGGCGGAGAACAGUCACUAUUGCCACUCCCAGAAGGGUCCUGGCAGUGACCCCAGGAAGGAGCAGGCCCGACGACAGCUCUACGUGGCCUCUGCCAUCUGCCUGGUGUUCAUGGUUGGGGAGAUCGUCGGUGGGUACCUAGCACAUAGCUUGGCCAUCAUGACUGAUGCAGCCCAUCUCCUCACUGACAUUGCCAGCAUGCUCACCAGCCUCUUCUCUCUCUGGAUGUCCUCCCGGCCGGCCACCAAGACCAUGAACUUCGGCUGGCAGCGAGCUGAGAUCCUGGGAGCCCUGCUCUCUGUGCUGUCCAUCUGGGUGGUGACGGGGGUGCUGGUGUACCUGGCGAUAGAGCGGCUAAUCUCUGGGAACUAUGAGAUCCAAGGGAAGACGAUGCUGAUCACGGCGGGCUGUGCCGUGGCCGUGAACAUCAUAAUGGGAUUGACUCUUCACCAGCCUGGCCACGGACACAGCCACGGCCAAGGCCACGGACACAGCCACGGCCAAGGCCAAGGGCACAGCCAAGACACCAUUCAGCAGCAGGAGAACCCCAGUGUCCGAGCUGCCUUCAUCCAUGUGAUCGGAGACUUGCUGCAAAGCGUGGGCGUCCUGGUGGCAGCCUUUAUCUUAUACUUCAAGCCAGAGUACAAGUACGUAGACCCCAUCUGCACCUUCAUCUUCUCCGUCCUGGUGCUGGGGACCACCCUGACCAUCCUGAGGGACGUGGUCCUGGUGCUAAUGGAAGGGACCCCCAAGGGCGUGGACUUCACGGCUGUCCGGGACCUGCUGCUGUCGGUGGAGGGGGUAGAAGCCUUGCACAGCCUGCACAUCUGGGCCCUAACCGUGACCCAGCCCGUGCUGUCUGUCCAUGUCGCCAUUGCUCAGAACACAGAUGCCCAGGCCGUGCUGAAGGCCGCCAGCGCCCGCCUCCAGGGCAAGUUCAACUUCCACACCAUGACCAUCCAGAUCGAGGACUACUCUGAGGCCAUGAGGGACUGCCAGGCGUGCCAGGGCCCCUCGGACUGACUGCCCGGCCCGGUGCCCACUGGGGCACGGACAGGACCUGCAGAGGGUGGGGCCCUGUGCCCCCCAGGCCCAGCCAGGACUCUGCUGACCUUGGCUGUGGCAUAAACCAGAUUCCUCUUCAGACUUGAGCUCCGUGUUCAGCGAGAAGGAGCCUUGCCGGCUCCGGGGAGGGGGCUCCUCCCUGCCUCCCCUCUGACUCUGGCAGCCCCAGGAGGGGGCUCGGCAGGUGCAAUCCCACUGCCCCUGCUCCCGGUCCGUUCCUGGUGGGGCUGGCUUUGGGCCGACCCCUCCGCCAUGCUGUCUCACCACCAGCCUCAGGGUUAGGCAGUGGGGGAUGCUGGAGGGGGCCUGGCUGCAGCACCCCCUGCCUAUCUGCCUCAUUUCCCAUCGUCUUGGCCUUGGAAACCUGUAAAGAAAUCUUGGGACUGAGCCCCCUCCCUCUGCCUCUAACACAUCUGGUUUAAGGAGGCCGUGGGGGUUAGGGAGUUAAGCCAGGACAGUGGAAUAGGGAAACGGAGACAGACAAAUAAAUGGCCAAGCUGGUUCCAGCCAGCCGUGGAGGAAAUCACAAAAUCCCAUCUCCCCUAGCCGAGGACUCUUAAGAGUAAAUGGUUUGCACUUCUCCCCAACCAGAGGAUAAACAGCUAAACUCUCAGGAAGACGGAUCACAAAACCAAUGAGUGCCAUUUAUACCAACCGCACCCAAGCACGGGCGAAGCUAGGGGAAUAAGUCUCACGUUGGUGCAUCAGCAUAAAGCUGACUAGUCGUCUAUUGAGAGCCUCCCCUCAACUCCCAGCCUUUAAAACCCUCAGGGUGAAGGACUUAGGAGCCUCUUCCCCCCCCCCUCCCCCCCCCCCCCCCCCCCCCCCCCGCGCAUUACCCCUGCCUCUCUCCUAAGCUCCAAGGGCCCUUCUGUAAGUUUCUAAGUAAACUUUCUCUUAACAUUUG